AUGGAUGACCAGGACGGAGAGAAGAAUCUUCCGUUGCAGCGCUUCAGAAACUUUCUCGUCGUCGAUGAUGCAGUGCUGCAGAGCGUUGCUUCAGCAUCGUUCCCCAACGACACAGAUGUUACAGCAAGAGAGAAAGUGGCGCCGUAUGUCAAGGUCGUGGAUGCUCAGCACCAGCGUGGAGCAAGACUUCCGCCAACGACAUCUGCAAGAUCUGGUCGGGACGUAGAACCAGCCAAGCUCUUCCCAGGCUACAUGAGAGUAUCCGUUCUGGAACUGCGCUUUAUCUGGGAAAAGAACUUUUCCUAUGAUCUCCUGGUACCUUGUCCGAGAACUCUUAGCGAUGGCGAGCCCGAUUGGUCAAAUCGACAUAAAGUCUUCUAG